UAUCUAAUUUAAAUGAAAACAAAUGAAGAUAAAGUUUCCUUCCUCCUGGUCACUUCAUUCCUCAGUUCCAUCCCCAUGUAUAAUUUAGAAGCUCAUCCAUCCAGGUAAUAAGUAAAGCCCUUCUUUGACUCAAAGCUACCUAGUUUCUGAUAUCUAUGUACCUUUGGUUGGUUUUCUCUCUCAAAUUUGCUGUUGUUGAUGUACAAAACACAUGGCUUGUUUCAGUGUUGUUUGCAAUAAUGGGGUUUUUGUUAGUAAAGAAAACUUGGUGAUUGAUAGUGGAAAACCCAAGUCUAUCUGGAGAAAUAUUAGCUUUUCUUAUACUUCAUUUUGCUUUCCUUCGCUUGGAAUAUAUAGAUAUAACCAUUGCAAAACCCAGAAUUUGUUUUUUUCUGGUCAUAAUAGCUUUAGGUUAAUUAGAAAUGGAAGAAGAAAUGAGGUUCCUUCGUUGGCUUUUCAAGUUUGUUGCAAGGCACCCGAUGGGUUAUUGAUGAGGGGAAAUAGUGGAGAUAAGGAAACCCAAUUUGGAAGAAGAGGAAGUAGUAAUGUAAGAAAGAGAAUUUCACUAAGGCUGCGUCCAAGGUUGCGGUUGUUAGCAAUAAGAAUGAAGAGAGUUUCGGUUAGGUCGAUGUUAAAUGGUAUUGCUGUCUUUCUAAGAAAGAAUAUAAGAAGAGUUAGUCUAUACAGUACAAUAUCUCUAGCGUUGGGAAUGUGCUAUUUGUUCUUGAAAUUAACUGCAGUGCCAUCUCCUAAGAUUGUUCCGUACUCGGAGUUUAUAACAAGCCUGCAGAGUAGUUCUGUGACCAAAGUUUUGCUUGAAGAGGGUUCCCGUUGUAUAUAUUUCAACAUGAAUUCUAAAAGUGCUGAAAAUACACAAUCUGAAGAAGAAUCAUCAGCUGGGAAUGAUUCAAUAGAAAACCUAACUGGUAUGGCUGCAAGAGAGGAUAGUGUGGUGGAUGGUAGACAAUUGCAAAAACAAGGUCUAUUUAAGAAAAUUUCAAGACCUAAAACUUCUACUUCUGCAUGGAUGUAUUUGACAAGAAAAAUUGAUCAUGACGAAAAGUAUCUUCUUAGUUUGAUGCGAGAAAAAGGAACAACUUAUAGCUCAGCUCCUCAGUCAGUUCUAAUGUCAAUGAGGAGUACUUUAAUAACUAUAAUAUCCUUGUGGAUUCCUUUGACUCCUUUGAUGUGGCUGCUGUACCGUCAACUUUCUGCUGCAAAUAGCCCUGCAAGGAAGCGGCGACCAAGUAAUCAGGUUGUUGGGUUUGAUGAUGUGGAGGGAGUUGAUACUGCUAAGGUGGAGCUUAUGGAGGUAGUUUCAUGCCUUCAGGGUUCUGUAAACUACCAAAAACUGGGAGCAAAAUUACCUAGAGGUGUGUUGCUAGUGGGUCCACCAGGAACAGGAAAGACAUUACUGGCUCGUGCAGUAGCUGGAGAAGCUGGAGUUCCUUUCUUCAGUGUAUCAGCAAGUGAAUUUGUGGAAUUAUUUGUUGGCAGAGGAGCAGCUCGAAUCAGAGAUCUUUUCAAUGUGGCAAGGAAAUCUGCACCAUCGAUUAUCUUUAUUGAUGAGCUUGAUGCAGUUGGAGGGAAGCGUGGUAGAAGUUUCAAUGAUGAACGAGACCAAACAUUGAACCAGUUGCUGACUGAAAUGGAUGGAUUUGAGUCAGACAUGAAAGUAGUUGUUAUUGGAGCAACUAAUAGGCCAGAAGCACUGGAUCCAGCCCUCUGUCGCCCUGGUCGCUUCUCAAGGAAAGUGUUGGUGGGGGAACCAAAUGAGGAAGGACGGAAAAAGAUUUUGGCUGUACAUUUGAGAGGAGUUCCUCUAGAAGAAGACCCACAACUUAUUUCUGAGUUAGUGGCUUCACUGACUCCAGGUUUUGUAGGUGCUGAUCUCGCAAACAUUGUCAAUGAAGCUGCUUUACUUGCUGCUCGUCGAGGUGGUGAAACUGUGACAAGGGAAGAUAUAAUGGAAGCUGUUGAGAGAGCUAAAUUUGGGAUUAAUGAUCGACAGCCUAGUACCAUAGGCAAGGAGCUUGGGAAACUUUUUCCAUGGGUGCCCUCCUUAAUGGGAAAGAGUGAUCCAAGACAGGAUGGCUUGCAAGGGCCUUUGGGCUAUCAAACUCUAAGCUGAUAAGUGCUAUUUUUUUAGUGCUUGUACUGUAAUUUGUCGGUUAUAUGAUUCUUCAGAUGCUUUUUAGAUAUGAAUCUGAAAACAGUUUUGUUUUAUUUAAAAUAUUUUUGGAA